GGGACUUCCUUUUGCUUUCCCCUUGUCUCCCUCACGCUGCUUCCCCUCCCCCGCUCCCUGUGCCAGCAGUUCGUGUGUUUGGCUUCGAAGCCCACCCGAGUCGAAGCGUGGGUUCUAGCUGGUGAAAAACAUCCCUGGUCGGGGGCAGCAGGGAGGUGUGUGGAGUACCGAGUGAGGUUGAAAGUAUGUCCUCCCUCCCUGGGUGCAUUAAUUUGGAUGCAGCAACAGCUGCAGUGGAAUCUGAAGAGAUUGCAGAGCUGCAAAAGGCAGUGGUUGAAGAGCUGGGUAUCUCUAUGGAAGAACUUCGGCAGCUCAUUGAUGAAGAACUGGAGAAGAUGGAUUGUAUACAGCAACGCAAGAAGCAGCUAGCAGAGUUGGAGACAUGGGUGCUACAGAAAGAGUCUGAAGUGGCUCAUGUUGACCAGCUGUUUGAUGAUGCAUCCAGGGCAGUGACUAAUUGUGAGUCUUUGGUGAAGGACUUCUACUCUAAGCUGGGACUACAGUAUCAUGACAGUAGUUCUGAUGAUGAAGCUUUCCAGCCUACAGAAAUAAUUGAGAUUCCUGAUGAAGAUGAUGAUGUCCUCAGUAUUGAUUCAGGUGAUGCUGGGAGCAGAACUCCAAAAGACCAGAAGCUCCGUGAAGCUAUGGCUGCGUUAAGAAAAUCAGCUCAGGAUGUCCAGAAGUUCAUGGAUGCUGUCAACAAGAAGAGCAGUUCCCAGGAUCUGCAUAAAGGAACCUUGGGUCAGAUGUCUGGAGAACUGAGCAAAGAUGGUGACCUGAUAGUCAGCAUGCGGAUUCUGGGCAAGAAGAGAACUAAGACAUGGCACAAGGGCACCCUUAUUGCCAUCCAGACAGUUGGACUAGGAAAGAAAUACAAGGUGAAAUUCGACAACAAAGGAAAGAGUCUGCUGUCGGGGAACCAUAUUGCCUAUGAUUACCACCCUCCUGCUGACAAGCUGUUUGUGGGCAGUCGAGUGGUGGCCAAAUACAAAGAUGGAAAUCAGGUCUGGCUUUAUGCUGGCAUUGUAGCUGAAACACCAAACGUCAAAAACAAGCUCAGGUUUCUGAUUUUUUUUGAUGAUGGCUACGCUUCCUAUGUCACACAGUCAGAACUAUAUCCCAUUUGCCGACCACUGAAAAAGACUUGGGAGGACAUAGAAGACAGCUCCUGCCGAGAUUUCAUAGAGGAAUAUAUCACUGCCUACCCAAACCGCCCCAUGGUACUGCUCAAGAGCGGCCAACUUAUCAAGACCGAGUGGGAAGGCACGUGGUGGAAGUCCCGAGUUGAGGAGGUGGAUGGCAGCCUAGUCAGGAUCCUCUUCCUGGGGAUCCGACGCCCUCUUCUGGCCUCUGAAGGCAACUGCAUGAAUGGUAUGCAGGAUGACAAAAGAUGUGAAUGGAUCUAUCGAGGCUCUACACGUUUGGAACCCAUGUUCAGUAUGAAAACAUCCUCAGCCUCUGCACUGGAGAAGAAGCAAGGGGGGCAACUCAGAACCCGUCCAAAUAUGGGUGCUGUGAGGAGCAAAGGUCCUGUUGUCCAAUACACACAGGAUCUAACCAGCACUGGAACCCAGUUCAAACCCAUGGUAUCCUCACAGCCCAUUGCUCCACCAGCCCUACCUGAUCCACCUCUGUCCCCCCAGGCAGGUGACAAUGAAAGCUUGGAAAGCCAGCUUGCUCAGUCACGGAAGCAGGUAGCCAAGAAGAGUACAUCAUUCCGGCCAGGAUCUGUUGGCUCUGGUCAUUCCUCCCCUGCAUCACCCACACUCAGUGAAAAUGUUCCUGGUGGGAAACCUGGAAUUGGCCAGACAUACAGAUCACCUUUGGCCUCGACACCAGCUGCCCCAGCACCUGCAGCCCCUCCAGGGGUUCUGGCCCCCCCAGCCUUCCAUGGCAUGCUAGAGCGGGCCCCAGCUGAGCCCUCCUACCGCGCCCCCAUGGAGAAGCUCUUCUACUUGCCUCAUGUCUGCAGCUAUACAUGUCUGUCUCGGGUCAGACCUAUGAGGAGUGAACAGUACCGAGGCAAGAACCCUCUGUUGGUCCCAUUGCUGUAUGACUUCCGGAGGAUGACAGCCCGGCGCCGAGUUAACCGCAAGAUGGGCUUUCAUGUUAUCUAUAAGACACCUUGUGGCCUCUGCCUUCGGACAAUGCAAGAAAUUGAACGCUACCUUUUUGAGACUGGCUGUGACUUCCUUUUCUUGGAGAUGUUCUGUUUGGAUCCAUAUGUGCUUGUAGACAGGAAGUUUCAGCCCUUUAAACCUUUUUACUAUAUUUUGGACAUCACCUAUGGCAAGGAAGAUGUUCCUCUGUCAUGUGUUAAUGAGAUUGACACAACUCCCCCACCCCAGGUGGCUUACAGCAAAGAGCGCAUCCCUGGCAAGGGUGUUUUCAUUAAUACAGGCCCUGAAUUUCUGGUUGGCUGUGACUGCAAGGACGGGUGUCGGGACAAGUCCAAGUGUGCCUGCCAUCAGCUAACCAUCCAGGCUACAGCCUGCACCCCAGGGGGCCAAGUCAACCCUAACUCUGGCUACCAGUACAAGAGACUAGAAGAGUGUCUACCCACAGGGGUUUAUGAGUGUAACAAACGCUGCAAAUGUGACCCAAACAUGUGCACAAAUCGGUUGGUACAGCAUGGACUACAGGUUCGACUGCAGCUGUUUAAGACGCAGAACAAGGGCUGGGGUAUUCGCUGCUUGGAUGACAUCGCCAAAGGCUCUUUUGUCUGUAUUUAUGCAGGAAAAAUCCUGACAGAUGACUUUGCAGACAAGGAAGGCCUGGAGAUGGGGGAUGAGUACUUUGCAAAUCUAGACCACAUUGAGAGUGUGGAAAACUUCAAGGAAGGAUAUGAGAGUGAUGUCGCCACUUCCUCUGACAGCAGUGGAGUAGACCUGAAGGACCAGGAAGAUGGCAACAGUGGUUCAGAGGACCCUGAAGAAUCUAAUGAUGACAGCUCAGAUGACAACUUCUGUAAGGAUGAGGACUUUAGCACUAGCUCAGUGUGGCGCAGCUAUGCCACCCGGCGCCAGACCCGGGGUCAGAAGGAGAGUGGACUGUCCGAGGUGGCUUCCAAGGACUCGCGCCCCCCAGACCUUGGGCCCCCACAUAUCCCUCCCUCCAUCCCUGUAGGAGGCUGCAAUCCACCUUCCUCUGAAGAGACACCCAAGAACAAGGUGGCCUCAUGGCUGAGCUGCAAUAGUGUCAGUGAAGGUGGUUUUGCUGACUCUGACAGCCGAUCUUCAUUCAAGACUAGUGAAGGUGGAGAUGGCCGGGCAGGGGGAGGUCGAGGGGAGACUGAGAAAGCCUCCACCUCAGGAUUGAGCAUCAAGGAUGAAGGUGACAUAAAGCAGUCCAAGAAAGAGGACCCUGAUGACCGAAACAAGAUAUCAGUAGUUACUGAAAGCGCUCGUAAUUAUGGAUACAAUCCUUCUCCCAUGAAGCCUGAAGGGCUUCGCCGCCCACCUAGUAAAACUUCUAUGCACCAGAGCCGGAGACUGGUGUCUUCUGCCCAGUCAAACCCUGAUGAUGUCCUGACACUGUCCAGCAGCACAGAAAGUGAGGGGGAAAGUGGAACCAGCCGAAAGCCUACUGCUGGUCAGACUUCAGCCACAGCAGUUGACAGUGAUGAUAUCCAGACCAUCUCUUCUGGCUCUGAAGGCGAUGACUUUGAGGACAAGAAGAACUUGUCUGGUCCAAUGAAGCGCCAGGUGGCAGUAAAAUCAACCCGAGGCUUUGCUCUUAAAUCAACCCAUGGGAUUGCCAUUAAAUCAACCAACAUGGCUUCCGUGGACAAGGGAGAGAGUGCACCAAUUCGCAAGAACACACGCCAAUUCUAUGAUGGUGAAGAGUCAUGCUACAUCAUUGAUGCCAAGCUUGAAGGCAACUUAGGCCGCUACCUCAAUCAUAGUUGCAGCCCCAACCUGUUUGUCCAGAAUGUCUUUGUGGAUACCCAUGAUCUUCGCUUCCCCUGGGUGGCCUUCUUCGCCAGCAAGAGGAUCCGGGCUGGAACAGAACUUACUUGGGACUACAACUACGAAGUGGGCAGUGUGGAAGGCAAAGAGCUGCUGUGCUGUUGUGGGGCCAUCGAGUGCAGAGGGCGUCUUCUUUAGAGGAAUCCCUUCCUCACUUCAGAACCCUUGAACUAUCCCCUUCAGGAACUGGGUCUUCCUGACUGUUGAACUCUGACACCCAAGUCUCUGGUCUAGCUACUCCUCAGCUCCUAGUAGAUAUGGGGGUGCUGAUCAGGAGAGCUCUUCCAGUGUGGUGCUAGCAGGCAGUGUCCCUUGUGGACUUUCUAGGGCACUAGGGUGGGUAGAGAUUACCACUCUAACCUAGGCCUGCGGUCUUUCCUACCCCAUAUUAGUUCAUGACUCUCACACUUGUUAUUCCUGGAACAUGGGCUGUGUAUCUACCGUCCUGGUUUGUACGGUUUCUUGGAAGGCUUUUAACAAGAUGAUAAUAUGGCGACUGUGAUUUGUUUUCUCUCCUCUGUCCCUUUACUCCAUCUUUUCUUUUUUUCAGUGGGAGAUCUGCUCCCAUUCCCCAGUGGGCAGCUAUUGUUUAUAUUGCACCGUCUAUUUUGUCAUGUGCAAAUUUUAACAGAAAAUGUUACAUAACCACAAGGAAGGCAUAAGACUACCUUAAUUUAGUUGAUACUCUUUCUCAUUUAAUAGUUUGACACACUGUCAUGUUUUAUUUAAGCUUUAAUAUAUUUUAAUUAAAAAAAAAAAACCAUUAACAAUACAUUUUGGUCUGAAAUGGUCCCUCACCAAAAUGCCAGGUAUUAGCUGUAAUUCUGGCUUUACAACUGAAACCCCAAAUGUUUAAUAAAUAAAAAUUAGAACUAGUUGCCAUUCUAUUCCAAACCAGCUAGUCUAGCUGAAAAGGAAAGGGGAAGAGGCCAGAGAAAGGCAGUAAGAUCUUGGAACUGUGGCUUUAGGGACAGCUGAGUGGUCCUAGAAUAGUCCCCACUUGUUGGCAGAGGUUGGGUAAGUACAUCCUCCUACACACAAUUCAUCUGUAUCUUAGGAGGAGAAAAAGUUAAAAGUAGCUCAGAUUUUGUUGUUUGGCCUGAGC